UACUAGCCACGUAAAUUCCAUAGCAAAGAAAACCCAAACAAACAAUUUAAUUUUCUUGAUGUCGUUUUUAAAUAAUAAUUAAUACAUUUUAAAAUGAAUGAAUCAAAUCUAGUUGAAAUGAUAAGCAGCUGGGAUCUUAGUACAACUGAGAAAGUGGAUGAGAGUCUGAUACGUAUUUCAGAAAAAGAAGCUGAUACGAAUGCAAAACUUGAGGCGGUGUUGUCUAAGCAAUGCCAGAUUGAGGCAAAAUUAAGUGGCAUCGGCAGAGCUAUGGCCACGUUACUCACCGUGGAGAACGAUUCCAAUAAACUGAACAUGCAGAUCGUGAACACAGCUCAACUUGCCGAGUCCGUCAGCGCCAAAGUGCGACGUUUGGAUCUUGCAAGAUGCCGGGCUUCUGAGUGCCAGCAACGUGUCCACGAUCUGAUCGAUCUUCAACUAUGCAGCCAGGGUGUUGUUAAGGCCAUUAAUGAGGAGGAUUACGAGAAGGGUGCGGGACAUAUUGCCCGCUUUCUGGCAAUGGAUCAACAGCUAUUGCAACGCACUGCCGACGAUGUCCAGGGCUCGAUUACAUCGGUAAGCGAUGCGGUGCACACACUGGAGGAAGCUACAGAAAAGAUGAGGGAAUUGAUUGCAAAACGAUUCGAUGAGGCUGUGCAAAACGAUGACUUGGCUUCCGUUGAGCGGUUUUUCAAAAUAUUCCCAUUGGUUGGUUGCCAUCGAACCGGAAUUGAGAAAUUCUGUGGCUACAUUUGCCAAAAGCUGUCGUCAAAGGCACAAAAGGAACUGCGCAACACACAGGACAUUGCUAAAGCUGAACGUCGCCUUCAUUUGGCUUAUGCCGACCGUUUGACUGCAAUUUUGGAAAAUUUCGCACGUGUCGUCGAAGUAAAUCAACCCAUAAUUGAAGCAUUCUAUGGACAAGAAUCUACAUCUUUGCUUGAUAUGGUAACAAUAUUGCAAAAAGAAUGUGACAAUGAAGUCAAAAAUUUGCUGCUGGAAUUCAAUAAAAAUAGACAAAUCCAGUAUCGGAUUAGACAAGUUAAUGAAAGCGCCCAGAGGCAAAAUAAUGCUAGUGCCAGCAGUAGCAUACCGUCUUUGGGACACUAUCGUAAGCCAUCUGGCGGAUCCAUAGAUAAAUUAAAUCCCAAGGAUAUAGACUCUAUCAUAGCUGAAAUAACUGUCAUGCAUUCUAGAAUAGAGUUAUAUUUUCGAUUUAUGCGUCGUCGUCUGCAGACGAAUGCUGAGACUUGUUUGCAAGACAAGGAGCCGCAAAAGAAUAUACUAAAUGAAUAUGAAAAGGUUGUAAAGGAUUGUGACCUGAGUCGCCAAAUGCAGGAGAUUUUAAGCACAUAUUUACUUUUUGAGAGAUAUUUCAUGGAGGAAAGUGUUUUAAAAGCUAUUGGACUUGAUACAUUUGAAUCGGGACAACAAUGUUCGUCAAUAGUUGAUGAUGUUUUCUUUAUAUUACGCAAAUCAAUCCGACGUUCUCUAACAACGCAAUCAAUCAAUGGCACCUGUGCAGUAAUCAAUAACGUAGCAUCAUGUCUGGAUGGUGAUUUUGUAAGUGCACUAAAGGCACCUUUAAAAAGUGGCUAUCCAUCUGGAUACAUCGAUUUGGCCCAAGCCUACAACGCUAUACAGACGAGCUUGCAACAGGGCAAAUUACAUUCAACUGAUGCUGAUCGCAAUCGAACUAACUUCAUAGUGCAGUUGAAUAAUGCCGAUAUGUCUACUGAAUACAUUGAGACACUGUGGCAGACCAUGGAGCAGGAGAUAUCUGGCACAUUCCCCGGCAUAACUGCUGUUGAGCGACAGCUAUUGGACAGCUGUUUGACUGAGCUGAAAAAUGUUCGCGAUGCAUUGAAGGCAACUGUUGACUUCGGGAUACAGCAACUAAGAUCGAGUGCAAUAAGGCCACGUCUAAAUCCCUGGGUGGAUGAAUUUUUAAACUAUAGUCACCAUUUAACAGAAGAGGAACUGGCCACUUACGAAGCUGGAGAAACAUUCGUUCAGUAUUUUAUUGUGCAGUUGGAUGGACUGCUGAAUUCAUUCAAAAAUGCCCUUAGUCCACGUAAUUACGAUGCGCUUGUAAGCAUAUUGGCUACAGAAGUGACAAAUCGCUUGGAACGAGCUAUAAAAAAGAGCUCCUUUAAUAGACUGGGUGGACUCGUUUUGGAUCAGGAAGUGCGCGCCUUAGGCACGUAUCUCACAGGAGCAACUUCCUGGUCGGUGCGUGAUAAAAUGACACGCCUUUCACAAAUUGCAACACUCUUAAAUUUAGAUAAAGUUUCCGAACUGUCCGAGUAUUGGAACCCUGAAAAUCACGAUAUGCCUUCUUGGCGACUGACUCCAAACGAAGUGCGAACUAUAUUGGUAUUAAGAAGCGAUUUUCGAAUGGAGGACAUCAAACGCUUACAGCUUUAAGCAGAAGGCGGUUGAAUUUGAUCUUUUAUAGCUUUUUCGUUGGCCUUCUUGUUUACGCUAAACCAACGAUUGUAAUCCAAUCUUAAUAGAAGCUGCGAUAACGGUCCAAAACUGGAUGCACUUUUAAUGUCGAUCAAUAAUUUGAUUAAGCCCAAUAUUGAUACGUUAAAUCUAUAAAUAUAAAUAUUUGAAGAUGCAAUAA